AUAAAGGAGUGUUUCUCGUUAUUAAUCCAAAGAUGGUGUCUACCUAGAUAACUAACUCCGCGACACGCGUUUUCAAUUCUCACAAGAUGGAUGAAGUGGAUAUCGAGAGUCUAGAAGUAGACACUGAUGUCGGUCUUAAUCCUGAGCUGGAUUUGAACUUCGAUGUGGACACCCUCUCGAUUAACGAAGGCAAUCUUGCAUCUCUCGAUCCUGUCACUACCACCACAGUCGAAUUUGAUCAGUCCAGUAGGCAUUCUAGUGAGAACUCCGAUACUCAUCCAAACUCACAUAAGCCAUACCAUUCAAAACGACCUCAUAAGAAGUCACGAGCCGGAUGUCAGCAAUGCAAAAAACGAAAAGUGAAGUGCGACGAAGUGAGGCCUACAUGUAAGGCAUGUAGACUCCGAAAAGAGAAAUGUGUAUACCCGGCUACACAGUCGUCUACACACUCCGCAUAUUCGCCUACAUCAACAUCUGCAAAGGAAUACAGUUCUUCUAUUCCCGGCUCUACUCCCGAUUCGGGAUAUGCUUCCGUUAAAUCGUCACCUCAAAUAGCUUAUGAGAGUGCUGUUAGCAGCAUUGUCGCGGAGCCCCUUUUUCGGCCGGGUGAAAUGUCCGAUGCUCUUGAUAUGAAGAUGUUAUGGUUCUACACUACUACGGGCUUUCAAUUCUUCUCAAUCCAAAGCGGUCGUUCCGCCUUCGUCGAUAACAUAUUGAAGGUCAAGGUUGUUCAACAGGCUUUUCAAUCCCCCUUUCUUAUGGAUUGUUUAAUGGCGGUGUCGUCAUUGCAUCUCCAAACUAUGGGUCAACCUGUCCCACCUCGGCGUGCAGCAAAUUACUGUGCCAAAGCUUUUGAAGGGUAUCGAAAUGCAAUUGAGGCAGCCAACCCCGCCGAUUUCACCGCUCUCAUACCUUGCUCUCUCUUAAUGGUCGCAUUGAGCAGUCAAAUGUUCCGAGACCCGGAUGCAAAGAGGCUUUACAUUGUGGAUUGGAUGCAGGUCUGGAAAGGGAUGGGUCUCAUCAUCGAUAUUGUUACACAUAGGGUACUCCAACAAUCUGGAAUGGCAGUACUUUUCUACCGGCCCGCAGUAGACCUCGAGAAAUCGACGAAAUAUAUACCGAACAACCUUCUCUUCAUGGUCGCGUCUAUCACAGCCGGUGAUACAGAUGAAGAUGAACAGCAAACGUAUUACGAUAUGCUUAAGUAUCUUGGAUCACUUUACCAGGAGAUGAAGGAGCAUGGUUUCAGUUCCAUUCUCGAUCUUCGUAUCAUCACUUUCUACACUUUUGUCCCCAAACCUUUCAUACCACUAGCAAAGGAACAUCGACCGCGAGCCUUAAUUAUUCUAGCUUAUCAUCUAUGUUUUGCCAAAUUAUGCCCCGAUCUUUGGUGGUUACACGGUAUCGCCGACCGCCAAAUCAAGCAAAUCAUCGAAUCCGUAGGUGAAGAAUGGGCACACUUAUUGCGUGUUCCUCGGAUGAUCCUCGAUACAGAGAAUAGGACCGAAAUCGCACAAUUACUUGUCGACAAUCAUAACUGGACUCCAACCGAGAAGAACCAAUACGAGAGAGAUCGAGAUCCUAGAUUAAAGACCGACGUCAAAUUGAUCGAUAAUUUGGGCUCUGAACUCGGCUUUAUUGAUGGCGGAUUCAGACAGAAAGCUGCUAUUACAUCCACAGAGCUGGAUGUGGCAUUAAGAGCUCAUAUCAUAUCAUCUGGGUCCUCGGUUGACUCUCCUUAUGACAUAUCGUGACCGGCCUUCAGUCCGCCUAAUUUCCCGAUACCGUCAUUUUAACGAAUUGCAAAUCUGAGCCAACACAUAAAAUGCAACUCCACUCAAAGAGUGAAUCCAUAUUAGAAUAGCCAAC